AUGUCUGCCGCAACCAAGAAACCGCCCUCAGGUCCAGCUUCCGGCCGCCGACCCUCCACCGAUCCGGCCGUCACGAGCACCGCAUCUGCACCAUCAAGGGCUCCCACCCGCUCGCCAGUCCCGGCAUCCGCAACUGCGAAUGGAGUUGCGCGCAGUCGGUCAGUUCGCACCGGUCCCCCCAUGUCGGCUCGAGCAGCGAUGCAGCGCCCUGGUGCCGGCGCGUCGAACCUGAGCUCGAGCAAUUUGGCUUCCGAUGUCGACGAUGACGCCCGGGCAGAGACGGCCGCUGUACUGGACGACUUGAAGGAGCAGCUGCGUAAGACGGAAUCAGCGUCUGAACAAUUUCAGAAGCAGACCCAGGUGCUGCAGUCGAGGUUGGACGAGGCGUUGCAGGAGCAGGGCAAGUUGGAGGAUAAAUUGCAUGAGAACGAGGAACGGCUGGAGCUAUUGGAAAAUGAGAAGAGAGACGCUCUGAGGCAGAAACGCGAGAUGGAGUCGAUAUACGAGGCGGAGAGGAGUGCGAUGACCAAGGAGAGGGAAGAGUCGGCGAACCGGGAGGAGGAGAUGCAGACGAUUAUCCAGCGGCUGAAAGAUUCACUGAAUGCGAGGUCGAGUGUGGAUGAGGAGGGCAGAAUCUCCAGACGCUCAAACAACUCUUCACCUAUUGAUAGCCAGUUCGCUCCUACCUCCGGUCUGAAUCGCAGCGAUUCGCGGAACAACUCUAAGCUACUGCUACAAAAAGACCGCUUAAUAGAAUCCCUCCGACUAGAAUUGGCAGAGGCACAGAUCAAGAUGAUGGAAUCCGAGAACAUGGGCGGUGGACGCAUGCAAGAGGUCGAGCGACUACUGCUCGAAGCACGCAUGACCAAUGCUCGGUUGAUGGAGGACAACGAGAGCUACCAACUUCUCCUCUCCGAGAAGACAUUGACUGGGGACUUCGCCAAGAGCGAGUUCAUGGGAUCCGCAUCCCACAACGUAGAUGCGCUCAGCGCCUUAGAAGGCAGAGCUGCACCCGCAAGCCUUGCAGACGAGCUCUCUUCUGCCGGUGAAGACGAAAGCGACAGCUACAGACGCCUGGAAUCCGAAUUGAAGUCCGCAAAGGACUCCAACAAAGCCCUGACCCUCUACAUUAACAAGAUCAUCGAGCGCCUGCUCCAACACCAAGACUUCGAAGCCAUUCUUGACCAAUCCUCCGACUUCAAGCCAGGAGCAGCAGGGAGCUCAAACAAUGGAAAAGACCUUCCUCCUCCGCCCCCACCGAAGGAACAGGCAAGUGGUGAAUCCAUCCUGCAACGCGCAAAGUCCGUCGCCAUGGGGGGAUCCCGCCGCCCAAGGCCGCAAUCUGUAAUGCAACCUCCAUCAUCUGCGCUCACGGAUCCGGACACGGCGCCCAGCAUUCCCUUUGGCCGCUCUGCUAGCUACCGUAGUGGCCGCCCGAAGAGCGAGCAGUUUACCGCCGGUGCCGCCAACGUUGUCAACCAGAUGUACCGAGGGGGGGCUGCUUCACCUCCCCUCCACGGGCCACAGACCCCUCGCCACUCGCAAUCCUUCUUCGCGCCCCCAGCCGCAGGGGCCAACCCUAACGCCGUCCACCGAAUGCCAAACACAGGCCAGGUGCCGACAACAGGUAACUUCCCAGGUACGAGCAUGAAGAGCGAGCGCAGCAGCAGCAUCGGUGGCAGCACGAGCGAGAGCGGGGAGGUGAGCACGCCGCCCGGUAACAGCCCGCCACGUGCGGAGAAGGCGACUACCUUCGCGGGCAAUAAGCCGCGGCCGCUGCGCCUGGUGCAGGACCACCCGGAGAACCGCAAGGUCAGCGGCGAGGACGACAAGGCGUCGAAGCGGGCGAGCUGGAUGGGCUGGGCCAGCUCGGCGUUCAGCAAGAAAGAGGAAAGUCACGUGGACCAGAGUAUCCAGGAAUAA